CCAUUGCCAGGUCAUUACCCAGCAGCCCUUAUGGUGGACUCAUCCUGUUCCAGAUCCAAGGGGCAUUUGCAGGGACACUUCACCCCAGAGAAGAUGGCUCCAAUUUUGGUUUUGUUGCUUCUCAGCCAAGCAGUUUUAUACACAACUGUGACAUCCAAGAAAGUCUGUGGCCGCCCUCCCAUCACUGAUGGAAUCGAUGCUUCAACCUUAAAACGUGUGUAUGAGGUUGGAGAAGAACUGACCCUCACAUGUGAACAGGGCUACUUGCCUUCAACACAGACAACUGCCAGAAUAACAUGCACUGCCGCUGGAGAAUGGACACAGUCAAACCUUGCCUGUUCCCCAAGGAUGUGCCCCAUCCCCAGACCUCUGCAGCCAUUCGCAAUGGGAAGGACUGAGGCUCCAUUCAAGAGUGUGCUUAACUACACAUGUGAUGACGGGUAUGUCAUUCAAGGGGCCAACGAAAGCAGGUGUUUACAUGAUGGCACCUGGAGCCACCCACCACCUCUCUGCAAAGCUGUGAGCUGUCCCCUGCCCAGGCCGCCAAGAGAUGGAAGGAUUGUCCACAGUAAACCAGUAACUGGAACCACCAAUACUGUGUACGGACAAAGCUGGACAUACGAGUGUAAUCCACCCAAAGCCCCAAGCUAUGAGAGAGGGUCCUGCAUGGCUGAUGGAAGUGCAACUGAACCACCAGUGUGUCGCGAGGUGAGCUGCCCAAUUCCAACAAACAUACCAAAUGGCGUUAUCACCUUUGCUGUGAUGAGACAACAUGGUUACAAAGAGAAGGUUAAGUACGCCUGCAAUGAGCAUUACACUCUGGAUGGUGACGCUGAGAUUCAGUGUCAAAACACAGGAAACUGGUCAUCAGCACCAGUGUGCAGGGCUCCCUGCACAGUUGGCAUCAAAAGAGGCCGCAUCUUCUACAAUGCCAAGAAGCUCUGGAUCGCAGACCUGAAACCAAACAGAGUCCUCCAUGGAGAACACGUUGUGUUCUACUGCCUGAACAAAACUGAGAAGUGUGGCUACCCUGUGGCCAGCACCUGUAACGAUGGGUCCCUCCCCAUCCCAGAAUGCUUUGAAGAACCAGGCAGGACGGUGUACACCUUAAGGCCUAAAUCCCUCCCAUCAGAAAUAACAAUGUGUGCUGCUUCCCCUCCUGCAAGCCCAACAAGUCAAACUGCGAGACCUGCAUGACGUCUCACUCAAUGAAUCCAGAAGACAGUAGACACAUUUGUUACUGGUCAUUGUCCGUUCCUACCAGAUAAUAAAAUAAUACUGAUGUGACCAUCAAUAAAA